AUGUUGCUUCCGGUGGAAGAAAUGCGAUUUCAGGUGCUGACGAUGGAACCGGUCCCUGGGCUUUCCGACCAGGUAUUUGUCUGCCAUUCAGGUCUUGUUCUUGACAACAGAGUAUAUCUCAGCAGAUUUCGACACAAGAGAGAGCAACCACAUUACCGGAAGUGGUUCAAAUCCUGCAAACUUCGCGUCUUUGGUGAUCAGUACCCGGUAUUUUUCGAAGGAGGUGGUGAUGCCAUAUUUUCCGACAGAAACACGCUUUGGGCUGGAUAUGGUCCACGAUCUGCCAAAGAAGUUUAUGAGCAAUUAAAAGUAUUGGGAAAGUUUGACACUGUUAUUUGCGAGCUAAUACAUCCUAAAUUUUAUCAUCUGGACACGUGCUUCACACCAGUUGACAGAACAACCGCUCUCUGGUUUCCGCCAGCAUUUUCAGAGCAAACCAAAAAGGAGAUAAUGCGCCGUCUACCUCAUUCUAUUGCUGUAUCCGAAGAAGAAGCAAAUGCUUUUGUCUGUAAUGCAAUCACAAGUACGGAAUACGGUAUUGUCACCAGUCGGCGUUACGGAAGCCACGCGGAAGGCACUGUCAAAACGUCAGAUCACCGUCACCGAGUUAGAUAUGAGUGA